UAUGGAAAAAUUAAUACCUUUCAUAAAUGACCUGCAUGUAUAGAAUUAAUUAUACCGUUCUUUUAGGAUAUACUGAGUUAAGCAGGAUUGAGUAGUGAAUUAAAUUUACCUUCUAUUGUAGUAAUAGGAUCCUAAUCAGUUGGAAAAUCAUCUCUUCUUGAAAGUAUUGUAGGUAGAGAGUUUUUGCCAAGAGGAAAAGGAAUAGUAACAAGAAGACCAAUAGAGAUCUAAUUACAUUAAGUCCUAGAUGCAGAAUAAGGAUGGUUUGAGUUUAUGGAUAAGAAAGGGGAAAAGAUAUUUGAAUCAGAAGAUAUAAGGAAAUUAAUAGAAGCAGAGACUGAUAAAGUAGCAGGAAAAAAUAAGGGAAUUUCUCCUGUCCCAAUAAAAGUGAAAUAUUUUUCAAAAGAUAUUCUUGAUCUUCAACUAAUAGAUUUACCAGGAAUAACAAAGAAUCCCGUUGGAGAUCAACCUUAAGAUAUUGAAUAAAAAGUAUUGGAUAUUGUAAUUCCAUUUAUUAAAAACUAAAAUAGUUUAAUAUUGGCAGUAUCCAAAGCAUCUGAUGAUUUAGCAACAUCAGAUGGAUUGAAAUUAGCUAGAAGUGUAGAUCCAAAUGGAUUAAGAACUAUAGGUGUAAUUACUUAAUUGGAUUUAAUGGAUGAUGGCACAGAUGCUUUAAAUGAUUUACUCAAUUAGACAUAUCCUUUAUAAUUAGGAUAUGUAGGAGUAAUAAUGAGAGGAUAAAAAGACAUUCAGAAGAAUAAGACUAUAACUGAAUAAUUGAAAGAUGAGAAAUCUUUUUUUGAAAAUCAUAGAUUAUACAAAAAAUAUUCUGAGAAAAUGGGUAUUAAUUUUCUAGUUAAGACCUUAAAUAUGAAUUUUAUAUAGCACAUUAAGAAGGCAUUACCUAUUAUCAGAGAAACUAUUAUAAGUUUAGUAUAAAUUAAAGAAUAUGAUUUAAAAUAAUAUGGAGAUUAUGACAAUUUAGAGACUAAAGAAAAUAAAAAUUUAUUAGUUUUGACUUUGAUAUCUAAGUUUUCUAAUUCAUAUAAGGAUAUGUUAGAAGGGAGAUGUUUAGAUAUUACUAGUAAAGAAUUGAUUGGAGGAUCUAGAAUUAUUUAUGUUUUUAACGAAACUUUUAGAAGAACAGUUUAGAAAAUGAAUCCAUUUGAUGUCUUAAGCGAUGAUGAAAUAAGAACAGCUAUUAAAAAUGCAAAUGGUAUUAGGCCAACUCUAUUCGUCCCAGAAGGAGCAUUUGAAUUGUUAGUAAGACAAUAGAUCUCAAGAUUGAGAAUGCCUUCCAUUGAAUGUUCUCAUAUUGUAUUUGAAGAAUUAAGAAGAGUAGUGAAUUAAAUUUCUAUUCCAGAGAUAGAAAGAUUUGAUACUCUAGCAAAUAGAAUUUCAGAAGUUUUUGAAAAUCUAUUAAACAAAUGUUUAAGAUAAACAGAAGAAAUAAUAUCAAGUUUGAUUGAAAUAGAAUUAGGAUAUAUAAAUACAAGUCAUCCAGAUUUUGUAUCUGGAAUGGAUAUGGUUCAUAAAGAUGAAUAAAGAUAAUAGUAAUAAGUUCAAUAAUAGAAAGAGAAAUCUCCUUUGUAGAGUGAAAAUGAAUCGAAUAAAUUUUUCAAUUUUUGGCCUUUCAAAAAUAAUAAAUAAACAGAACUCUAUGAUAGCAAAUUAGACAAUUUAAAUAAGAAGAGAAAAACUAAUAUAAAUAGUCAAAAAUAACAAAAAUUAUAAUAAUUAGAGGAAAGUUAAAUAUUAUAAUAAUAAUCAGUGAUCAAUAAGAUUGUAUCUGUUAAUCAAUAAUAUUUUAUGAAUGAUCCUAAAAGAUAAUUGCCUUAAGUUCCAAAUACAAUUAAGAUUACUGAAAGACCAUCUAAAAGAGAGUAAACAGAAAUGGAUAUGAUAAAGGAUUUAUUAGUGUCUUAUUUUAAUUUAGUAAAGAAGAAUAUUUGUGAUUCAGUUCCAAAGACUGUUAUAACAUUUUUAGUAAAUUAAUCUAGAAAUUUUUGUGAAAGAGAAUUGAUUGGAGUAUUGUAUAAAUAAGAAUUAGUGGAUGAAUUAUUACAAGAGAAUUAAUUUAUAUAAAAAUCAAGAUAAGAGACUAAAUAAUCUUUGAUAAGUCUAAGAACAUGUUUGAAUUUAUUGAAUGAUUUAGAUUCAAAAUUCUGA